AUGAGAAAAAUUAAAAUUGGUUCUUCCAAAUUGGAUUAAUCUGAGCAGAAGCCCAAAGGAAACAAAGCCAUUGUGUUUUAAGUAGGAUUACCACCAUUGAUUAAACCUGAUCCAGAAUCUGAAGAAGCUAAAGCGCUUAUUGAAAGCAGACCUGAUAAGUCAUCCACUAAUAGUGACAAGAUUAACUUAUAUUAAAAAAGCAGUUUGAUGAGUACAUUCAACAAUCCUAAGUAAAAAAACAAUUCAAUGCAAUUCAGGAAUACAGCUACUCACAAAUUUAGAAAUAUGAUCAGUGAUUUAAACGGAGCUAAUGAUUUAAAAGGCUCUAUCGUCUCGGUUAAGAAACCAAAAUUACAGUAAAUGGAUAGUCUAAAGUCAAUAAAUUUAACUUAUAAUCAUCAUUUACUCACCCCUAAACCACCUCUGCCAAAUAGAUUUAAGAAAAAUCAUUAAGAACUUUCUGAUAAACAGAUGUCCUUGAAUAGAUUCAUAGAGGAUACAAAGAACCAUUUCAACAUAGUAAACCAAAGUAGUGAAGAUAGCAUCGGUGAUCCACAGAUUGAUAUUCCUGAGAAUAUAAAUCGAUUAGAUGAAUCUCAACCAUUUUAAGAAUCAGAUCAAAUUAUCACCAACUAAAUAAAGAAAAAUAGCAGUAUGAUUGAUUAAAAAUCACCAAGCAUGAUUCCAAUUAUAUCAAUUAAAGAAAACUCAAGAGAAAUUAGUCAAGCUUAGAACAAAAUUAUUAUGCCUCAUAAACCAAAGAAGCGUAAAAAGAGUAAUAACUAUAGCAAACCUACCAAGACCUUCUUAAUGAUAACCUAAAUUAAAAUAGAAAAGAAAGAAUAUAAAUAGAGACUUUCUCUAAGAUUAAUAAGAUCUAGGAUGAAUCUUGAUGGAAGUGCGAGCAAGACUCAGUCUAGUUUAAAUUAAAGCUUAGAAUCUUUGAAGCCUAUUAAUUCAUCUUCACAAACACCUUAAAGGGAUUAAGUAUAAUAAGUAUCAAAGAUAGUGUCACUCCAUCUGAAUGAAAAAAUUUAGUCCUUUCUUAAGUAAUAAAAGGAAUAGAAAUCCCAAAAUCUACACAACUAGACUAUAAAUAGUAAUAAAUAAUCACUUAGAGAGAGUGAAAAGAUUGAGGACCCCUUUCAUUUCUACAAGCAAAGGAAGGAAAAUGACCUAGAAAUAGGCCAUAAAGUAGUUCUUUAUGCAAGACCUAUCAAACUAAGAACUAAAUUCAAAGCUUCAACUGCCCUUAAAUUCAGGUAAAUAUUCUCCAAUUCAUGA